UAUUCCACUUAAGGAGAUUUAAAUCGCAGAAAAUAGUAAUUUUAUACUUAACGCCAAAUACAGUGCACAGGAUAAAGCGUUUUGUCCAGACAAGCUAUUUCUUCCCCACAAGGGCACGCAGCAAUUUACCUCGGAGGUGUAGAUUUGCCUGUUUUGACAAGAGAACUUUGUGGACAGGACACGACGCAAGGAAUCCAUGAAGUAAAUAGUGAAGGGAAAAGACCCCCCCCCCCUCUCCCAAAAGAUGACGGACGUGGAAAUAUCCUGGGAGAGGAUUAAGGAAAAUGUCAACAGUACCCCUACCAUGGUGUUCUCCGUCAUUGGUGAUUCAAACAGUUUUGUCCCCAGACCCUGGGCCAAAACGGUAUUCAAGACCGCAUUGAUUGAGGCGGCUAAAAGUGGAGGGGAGUCUUGGAUAUUGUACCGAGGUCAUGCCAAUGGAGUUUCCGAUAUAGUACGGGAUGCUUAUAGAAAUUAUGGGUGCAUGGAAUUCAGUGUAGCUGCUGAUGACAAAAAGAAGACUAAGAAGAAGGGUGAUAAAGGAAAGAUUUCUCAUGGAAAAAAGAACAAUGAGGAGAGUGGUGAUAAAAACAAGGAAAAAAGAGAAAACAUCAGCAGUGUUGAACGACAUGUGAAACUCGUCAGUAUUUCGGGAGAUCAGACGAUCAAGAAGAAAUCGCCACCGGAAUACAGAGAAGGUACAGACGCUGGAGAUGGUUUUUUGUUAAAAUUCGAAAAGUUUAUUUCUGAGCAAGAAGUCUCUUUCUUCAGUCAAAAAAUGGAUUUCAGAAUGCCGGUUCCAAUAGCAAUCAUUGUAUGUGAGGGUGAUAUCGAAACCAUAGCGCACAUAUCCGAUGCACUGGAAAUGAAACUCCCGGUUAUUAUAAUCAAAGGCUCGGGAAAAGCUGCAGAUUUGAUAUUGGACUACCUGGAAAACAAAGACAUCUUGAUGAAGAAAGCCAGUCUGUUGUUUGGGAUACGUUUUGAUGACAACAGCUACGAAGCACUGGAAGGGUAUCUGAUACAAAUAAAAAACAAAGAAAAUUUGGUUGGUGUUUUCGAUGUGGACAGUGAUGAUCCCUUGAUGCUGUCAAACAUUGUUGGGGAAGCUGUCGUCAGCUGCUGGGCCAUGGAGAAAAUUCUGCCGAGAAAAACCAAAAAUGAAGACACAUCAAAGACUGGAUCUUCACAUCAUAAAAUUAAUGAUCUUGCAAUGACGUGCUCCUCUGUGGCCCAGAAACUAGUGAAGAGAAAUUCGGUGAGCCCUGAGGGGAAUACGAUGGAACAACUGUUGAAGGACUACAAGAUGGAAUCUAGAGCUUAUGUACUAAAUCCGAAGUACGCUUCUCCUACGUCACUUCCACUUUAUUUCUAUUUUGGAUAUCAGCUUCUUCAGGAAUCUAGAACAUUAAUGGACAACGGUCGUAUACUUCUUCUUGAAGCAAUGAAAGCCAAUCGUUGUGAUUAUGUGAGGGUUUUAUUGGAUCAAGGUGUACAAUUGAAACACGAGGACUUGCCAGAAUUGUAUGAACAGACUGUCUCUUGUAAGGACUGUAAAUUCAAAAAAGAUGACUGCCUCCACAUGCAGUGGAUAUUGAAGCAAAUCCAAGAAAAAGACGCUAAGAAAUUGUGUUAUAAAUACAGAUCACUUAUGAAGAAACUAAAAAAGGCAAAGGAAAAGAGCAAUGAUGACAAAAAAGAAAAGGAUAAUAAACGCAAGAAGCCAAAGAAAAGUGCGGAAGAUUAUGAGCAAAAGAAAUUAGAACUAAACAAUUCCGUCGCAGAAGCAGCUAAAGAUUUAUGCCGCAAAAUUUUAAGAUAUAAAGAGGCGGAAGAUGAAUCAGAUUCAGACGAAGAAAAAACAGACGACGAGACCGACAAAGCCAACCACUCAGAAAUCAAACACUCAAACGCCCCAGAAAACAAACAAACAAACCACUCAGAAAUCAAACACUCAAACGACCCAGAAAACAAACAAAAGAACGACUCAGAAAUCAAACACUCAAACGACCCAGAAAACAAACAAAAGAACGACUCAGAAAGCAAUCAACAGGGAGUGGAAGAUGCUAACAUUCAUGAUCUCUUACUCUGGGCGGUAUUUGCCAACAGAAGGGAACUAGCUGAAAUUUGUUGGCUUCGAAGCGCAGAUCAUCUAUUGACAGGUUUAGUAUGCUCAGCUCUGCUACAGAAGUUAGCUAACAAGGCAAACAAUGUGAAAGAACAGAUCCUGUCAAGCGAAUUGGAGGAACAUUCAAAACUUUUUGAACAACGUUGCAUUGCAAUCAUGGACCGCAUGUACGAAGAAAACACAAUGCACGCCAUUGAGCUCAUGGACGACGAUGUCAUAAUAUGGGGGAUAAGAUCCAGUCCUUUGACCUUUGCGUAUGAAAACUUCAUGUAUGACGUAGUGGCGCACACGUGUUCUCAGAAGAAUAUGAAUAAACAGUGGUACAACAAUCUAGCCCCGGACUUAGUGCCAUUCUUAAAAUCUGCGUUUCGAAAACCUACGAAGUUCUUUACAGCACCACUGACAAAAUACAUUUACAACUACAUGAUGUUCUUUUCUAUGUUGGUGAUGUACAGUGCGUUUGUGCUAACCAGCAUAAGUACUGAGUAUUACGUUCAAGACAUUGCAAGAAUAUUUGAAUACUAUGUGUAUAUCUGGGGUGCGGGUGACUGCAUUGAAGAACUCAUCAGCUGUUUUGGAUGCUUAGAAUCAAAGGGUCGUUCACAUCGUGGAUACUACUCCCGGAUGAAGAGAUACCUGUAUGACUUCUGGAAUGUGGUGGAUCUUUUGUCGUACGCCUUGCUGAUUACCGCCUUGUUUGUGCGUCACAUGCACCCCUCCGAAAACUUUACCAUCGCCAGAAGAAUGUUUUCCUUAUCACUGCUGGUUAUGUAUCUCAGAUUUCUGGAAGUAUUUCUCAUCCAUAGACGAUUAGGACCCACUCUGAUUAUGAUCAAGGAAAUGUUGAAGGAUUUGUUUGGUUUCCUGUUCGUGGCGUUCUUCAUUGUGAUAGCAGUUGGGAUUUACUACCACACAAACCUCUGGCCGGAUCAUCAGGGCAUCUGGGACGGUAACUGGACGCAGUGGAGAAUUUGGAAAAUCAUAUAUUACCCCUAUUUUCAACUUUAUGGAGAGUUAUUCAAUGACUUUUUGGAAGGUAAAGACAUCGACCUAUUAGACUGUUCUAACAUCACUUCGGUGUGGCAGUCCGACCCUUCCAUUGAGCGCUGUCCUCAAGAAGACUGGACAGUGUUGGCUAUUUCAGCAUUGUACAUGUUAUUUUCUAAUCUUCUGUUGGUCAACCUGGUCAUUGCCAUGUUUAGCUACACAUUUGAAAGGGUGCAAGAAAACUCUGAAAAAUUAUGGAGAUUUGAGAGGUACACCGUCAUCAAUGACUACGAAUGGAGAAUUCCUUCUCCUAUCAACAUUAUAUUCCUUCCGUAUCGCUUUUGUUGCUGUCCAGGCCGGAAAGGAUGCUGCCUCGACAAGUGCGAAAAGUGUUGCCGUCCCGGCAAAGUCAAGAAGAGAAAAAAGAAAAACAAAGAAGCCAAGGAAUUCCGUAGAGAUUUCCAACGGAUAACAGCAUUCGUAGUACGCAAUAAAUUGUAAUGAGGAACCGAAUAAUUGUGGGAAGUUAUCAUGGAAUAUCAGAGACAAACUAAGCUUCGGAAAUUUGAAACCUUUACCUUUGACGAUUUAGGGGGGGGGGGGGGGGUAUGCAAAAUAUGACAUAUUUCGAGCGUAAAUUCCAUUACAUUCAGGAAACAAUACGCGGGUAUGUUAAGACAAAAAUACACUCCAUUGAGGAACCUACGUUGCAGUCUUUUACAUAUGUACUACGCCAUCGGGAGGAGAUACUGAAUUUUUAAAACUAUUUUGAAUGUUCACAUUAGAAUAGUUUGUACCAUGAUACCAUGAUGAAUAUCCGCUUUGGUACAACGUCUCUGUAUGAGUGAAAUAUUCUCGAGAGGGACGUUAAACAAUAUUCAAUCAAUCAAUCGGUAUAACGUCAUUACAUGAGUUUUAUUGAUAGAUUAUACAUGUACUGUAAAUUAACGUUAACCUAGCUGACGAUAAUAACGGCAAGAUACCCACAGUUCACCAAAAGUGCCGCUAGAAUUUUACCGCUUUUAGAAAAAAAUUAUUAUCAAACAUUUAAAUACAUUUCAGCGUGUUACGGUAACGUUCUAAAGUUUUCUUUGUUUUCAUAACGGACAAUUCUAACAACAAUGUGCGUGUAACUAGUUAAUUAUAUUUCAUUCAUUAGAUUAUAUAAGUUUGCGCUGUAGUUUUAUAGUUUUGUAUUUCCAUUACAGUUUAUAGGAUAGGGAACGUGGAUCAACGUACUAAAAGGCGAGAUCAAAAAUUCAAUGUCUGACAAAAAACUAACUUCGCAUAAUUUUCAUCCCCCCCCCUUAAAACUAAAUAUGGUGAAUGUUGAACAUAAUCGAUUAACCGGUAAAAAUAUACGAUUAUAUUUGUAUUCCAAAUCAUAUUUUCCUCUAUGGACCAACCAAUUUCAGCGUGUAAAACAAUCUGUUCAUAUUGACUAUGAACGGAUUAUGAAAUAGUUUAAAGCACGCGACUGAGAGAGCGUACUAUGAUUUGGAAAAAAAUACAAGUGUUACAAAGAUCUCGCAGGUCACACCUCGAUUAAGAUUGUGAACUUAUGUGGAUUAUCAUCCCAAUACCACGGCCUCCUACCUCCAAAAUACAGUACAUUGUGCAAUGUUGAUAAAAGGCAGAUUUAGACGAUGUGUAACGUCAUGUAUAUGUGUUGACGUACGUCACAAUACGACUGUGACAGGGGUUAGAGUUCGUUUUUAAAAUGCAACAAAACAAAAACAAUGCAAACAAACGGUUUUGAAAUUGAUGGAUCCGAAGCUAAUUGCACGUGAUAUUUAUGUGCUUUGUGCUUACCCCCCCCCCCUUCCAACCUUUAAAACUUUGUAUCAGUCAAGCCGAAAGCCUACAUCAAAGGGGAGGCGAAUUUUAUUUAUAUGUGUAAACUUUAACAAGGGCCUAAGAUACCAUUUUUAAUUAUUAUAAUUAAAAGAUUGCGAUUAUACAAUCUGUUUCGUUUCGUUUCGGUAGGUUUCGUUUCGGUAGGGUUCGUUUCGUUUCAGUAUAUUUCGUUUCGUUUCGGUAGAUUUCGUUUCGUUUCGGUUCGAUUUCGUUUCGCACUUUACAGGUACCCCGCCUAAUGUACAUACGUACGGUACUCCAGGACUUAGUAAGCGUGACUAGCGCGGAUGCAAUGUACAUGUGUUUGGCUUAUUGUAUUAUAAACGAACUAAGCUAUUGACGCAUUUAUGAUCUACUGAACAAUAUUAUAUUAGAAUUUGGAGAGUAAAGGUAUUUAAUUUCUAUAGGCAUAUGGUUGUAUGUAUUGUAGGUUUAUAAACCUUACAUGUAUAUUUGAACUUGUACUGCUAGUUUUCAUGAUAUCAUUACGUACAUGACGUAAAUAUUGUGAUAGUUUAUUGAACAAUUUUUCUAUUUCAAGGGAAUAAAAGGAUGAAAAACUCAUUUUAGCGAGUUAUGGGUUAUUGUGUUGCCAUGGCAACCAUAACAUCAGAUCAUACUACAUAAUUCAAAACUUAGUGUAGCAGUUUACUGGUCAAUUUGUAUUUUCAUGUGAAGGAAUGAAUGAAAACUCAACAACAAAAAUGUACCGGAAAAAAACCCAACAACAUAUUUUUGUGAUUCAUGGACUCAUUUAGUUGCCAUGGUAACUAUAAAAAUUUGUGACACUGCAUAAUUAGAAACUUAUUUUUUUACAUUUUGAAAUUUUUAUGAAUUAUAUUCUAAAAUUAUGCGUAGAAAUAGUUUUAAUUUCCAUUAAAAAUUGUCUUCAAGUUUUAAGGAACAUUUUACAAUAAUUACAGGUAGUCUACUGUAACUUAUGUGCAUCUUGUACUUCAAUGUUAAUGUACAUGUAUAAUUAUAUUUACAAUAAAUGACACUCAAUUUCA